GGAAGUGCCUCGACAUCGAGGGGCGCAUCCCGAAGCCACGCCGAAUCGAUCUGUCGCCCGGUGAGCACACUGAUCAUAGCGGAGCACGAAGGCGGGCUCAUCAAUCCAUCUUCCCUGAGCGCGUUGGCGGCUGCCGAGGCCAUCGCCAAAGAGAGCAAGGUGUCUCUUCUUCUCGGUGGAUCUGGACCGACGCUGCACAAGGCUGCCCAGCAUGUUGCGUCUAGCCACCCAUUGGUCAAUGAGGUUCUUGUUGAGGAUUCAGACGUGUUUGCGCAUCCUUUACCUGAGCCUUGGGCCGAGAUGCUCCGCUCCAUGCAGCAGAAAGGUGGAUACUCUCAUGUGAUAGCCUCGUCGACGUCGUUCGGGAAGAAAUUGCUUCCACGUGCAGUGGCUCUUCUAGAUGUCUCCCCUGUCACGGACGUCACUGCCAUAUCUGAACCACGGGUCUUUGUGAGGCCAAUUUAUGCUGGAAAUGCACUCUGCACUGUACUAUAUACCGGGGACUCUCCUUGUAUGACGAGUAUUAGAUCAACAUCAUUUUCUCCACCUACCGAGUCUACGUCAGAAACUAAAGUUGCGCCCAUAACCCAGGUUGAUCUCUCUUUCCUCAUUGAAGGUUUCCAUUUCCAUGGACUUGUUAUGGAUAUGUCUUGUGAGUACCAGCAGAUGCUUGAGCUUCUUAGAAAGGCCCCAUUUUUUGGCAGAGGCUGGUUGCAGAGGCUGGUUCUUGAAGUUUCUUGA